CACAAUGAUGCGUCAUCAGUCUGCGCCACGUGAGUCGAGAGUCGGGUUUUGUGGUGGGAAAUGAGGUGUAAGAAGUCGCUUUCUGAUGAGUUCUUUGGCUGUGGAGUUGGGAUCAAAGGGAAGUGUGUACCCUGAGGCUGACCGUACCGGGUUCCCUGACGGUUCAGUAGAUUUAGCUGCCCCGCGUGCACAUUCUGUGGAACAGCAGACUGAACUAGCUCUCAACAAUGGGACGAACCUACAUUGUAGAUGACACUGUUGGCCAGUAUCUUUCAAACAUCGACCUCCAAGGAAAACCUUUUGUUUCUGGUCUUUUAAUAGGACAGUUUUCUUCACAGAAGGAUUAUGUGAUUCUUGCCACUAGAACACCACCCAAAGAGGAACAAUACGAGAACCCCAAACAUCCUAAAACUAAGUUGGAUAAUUUGGAUGAAGAAUGGGCUACAGAACAUGCCCACCAGGUAUCCAGAAUGCUACCAGGGGGACUUUCAGUUCUUGGAGUAUUUAUUAUCACAACUUUAGAAUUGGCGAAUGACUUUCAAAAUGCCCUGCGCAGACUAAUAUAUGCUAUAGAAAAGUCUAUGAAUAGAAAAAGACUGUGGAAUUUCACAGAGGAAGAAGUUUCAGAACGAGUUGUACUUCACAUUUGCUCUUCUACGAAAAAAACAUUUUGUCGAACUUAUGAUGUCCGUGAUCCAAAGGGUUCGGGAAGACCUGCAGAUUGGAAGUAUCAGAGUAGACUGUCUACCUCGUGGCUUUCUCUUGAGUGUACUGUUCACAUUGAUAUUCACAUCCCACUUUCUACAACUUCUGUCAGCUAUACUCUGGAGAAAAAUACAAAGAACGGUCUUACACGCUGGGCCAAGCAAAUUGAAAAUGGUGUUUAUUUUAUUAAUGGACAAGUUAAAGAUGAAGAUUCUGACCUACUAGAAGGACAGAAAAAAUCUAGAGGAAAUGUUCAAGCGCCCAGUCAUUCUUUUGAUGUCCGAGUGCUAACGCAGUUGCUCCUGAAUUCAGACCACAGAUCCACAGCUAUGGUCCAGAUCUGCAGCGGUUCUGUAAACCUUAAGGGUGAUGUGAAAUGCAGAGCUUACAUUCAUAGCAAUAAACCCAAAGUUAAAGACGCUGUGCAGGCAGUGAAGAGAGAUAUAUUGAACACAGUUGCUGAUCGCUGUGAAGUACUAUUUGAAGAUCUACUUUUGAAUGAAGUUUCAGAAAAAAAAGAUUCUGAAAAAGAGUUCCACAUCCUCCCUCACCGAGUUUUUGUCCCCAUUCCUGGUUCCACUGUAAUGUUAUGUGAUUAUAAAUUUGGUGAUGAAUCAACUGAAGAAAUCAGAGACCAUUUUGUAGAGAUGUUAGAUCAGGUGAUUCAAAUAGAACGUUUGGAAAUUGCAGAGGAAAUCAACACAGCUUGUAUGAGUUCCUCUAUGAGUAAUGAGGCUUCGCUGGACAACACAGAAGAUAAACAGCCAGCACAACCAAUUAAAACUACAGUAGUGUUGAAAAUUCAGCAAAACAUAGGUAUGAUUGCAGCAUUUGCAGUUGCAGUCCUUGCUGUAGGUAUCUCCUUUCAUUACUUCAGUGAUUAGAGUGAGGCACAAAGAGUUUCCUGAUCAUCCAGCAAACAUUGAUCAACAACUGUGAAUAACAAGGUUGUAAACAAUCCACCUGCAUUUAAGACAGUAGCAGCCACAUCUGCUGACAUAAUGAGUAUUAGGGGUAUAUUUCUGACUAAUAUGAAAUCACCAGCUGCCUUGGUUAGCCCUGCUUGUAUUAUAGGUGGCCCAAGUUUUAAAAAAUAAAGUUAUGCAUUUAGGUGAGAGUUGCAUGUAAUUCAUCAUUAUUGUCUAUUUUUGAAAAGAUAUAAAAAGUGAGAUACCAUAGAUUUUAGUCUUAUUGAUCUGGAUUACACAUUGAUCAGGGCAUUGAACAUUUGAACAGUCAGUAUUGACUACAAAAUCUCAGUAAUAGAGUAUUAGGGGAAAUUCCUACCAUGUGGGGCAACAGUUUGUGGAGUAACUUUAUCCUCUGGGACCUUUCUAAUACACACUCAGUUCCAAUAUAUUGUGUGUAUUGUUCAGAUCAGCAACUAAGAAACCUUUGCCAAGAGGCUUAAGUCAGUACAGGAUGACAAAUAAUGUUCUUACUCAGGUUAGUAUAUCAUAAAUAUUUUCAGUAUGUUAAAUAAAACUUUUGCUUACAGAAACAUAUUACUCUGAAUUCUGAGAAACCACUAGUUUCAGGAAUAAGAUCUACUUUUGAGUAGGUUCAAAAGGAGUAGGAAAAAGCUUCAAGAACUACACAUCUAUCUUUUUUCCCCUACAAAAAUGAAUAUAUUUUAAGUUGGGAAAUCGUGAACAGUAUUUCAAGUAUGCAAAUGGAAUGUGGUUUUCUGGACGGCAAAUACCUAUAGCAGUGCUACCAUAUGCAGUUUGCCUCAAACCAGAAGCAGGAAGACAGAUGUGAACAUGAGAUCGUUAAUUACCUUGUUUGUAGUACUUUGUAGCUCCUCUCAGAAAGUAUUUCUAAUUUAGGCCCAAGCUUCCCAUAGAUUAUGAUCAAACAUUACUAUUUUAUGACUGGAAAACAUCCACAAGGUGAAAUUAGAAAGCAUAAGAAAGAGUGUAUGGAAAAAAUAAACAUUGAAUUUAGUUUUCUGACUUCUCAUCCCCAACAUAAGAAAUAAAGGGUAGAGCCACAGGCAGAUCUGAAAAGCACCAUAUGGAAUUCCUAAGGAUAAGAAAUACAUUUACUAAAAUAAGGAAAAAACUUGGAUGUAUUGAAAAAUACGGAACUGAUUCUAUAGAGAACUAGUGAAGAUACCAGUGAACGGGAAGCUAGAUCUAAAGACAUUACUCAUUGAACAGCAAGGAGAAACAAGAGCUAGAAAGUAU